AGGAUGGAUGAAGAAAAUUGUUCCUCCUUCACUGAAUUCCAUCUCUUGGGAAUUACUAACAACCCUGAGAUUGAAGCGACCAUAUUUGCUAUAUUUCUGGCUGCAUAUCUCAUUAUUCUUGUGACAAAUCUUGGAAUGAUCAUUUUAAUUAGAAUGGACUCCCAGCUUCAAACACCAAUGUACUUUUUCCUCAGCCACCUCUCCUUCUGUGACCUCUGUUAUUCCACAGCAGUUGGACCCAAGAUGCUGGUGGACCUCUUAACUAAAGACAAGUCAAUUUCCUUCUAUGGCUGUGCUCUGCAAUUCUUCAUCUUCUGUAUCUUUGGAGAUUCUGAGUGCCUCCUGCUGGCAGUGAUGGCCUUUGAUAGGUACAAGGCCAUUAGCAAUCCCUUGCUGUAUACAGUCAACAUGUCCAGCAGGGUGUGCUCCGUCCUCACGGCUGGGGUUUACCUGGUAGGCAUGGUGGAUGCUUUGAUAGAUAUGACGUUAGCUUUCCGCUUAUGUUUCUGUGGGUCAAAUGAAAUUAAUCAUUUCUUCUGUGACUUACCUCCCCUUCUCCUCCUUUCCUGUUCUGAUAUUCAAGUCAAUGAGCUGGCAUUAUUCACUGUUUUUGGCUUCAUAGAACUGAGUUCCAUUUCAGGAGUUCUUGUCUCUUACUGUUACAUCAUUCUCUCAGUCUUAAAGAUCCGCUCUGCUGAGGGAAAGUUCAAAGCUUUCUCCACCUGCACCUCUCACUUAAUUGCUGUUGCAAUUUUCCAGGGAACAGGACUUUUCAUGUAUUUCCGACCAAGUUCUGCCUACUCUCUAGAUCGAGACAAAAUGACCUCAUUGUUUUAUACCCUUGUCAUCCCCAUGUUAAACCCACUGAUUUACAGUCUACGAAACAAAGAUGUGAAAGAGGCUCUUAAGAAACUUAAAAAUAAAAGAUGGUUUUAUUGA